AUGACAGAAUCCAACCACUUUCAUCCUGAUAUUGAACAAAACACAAUGUAUGAAGAGAGAUUAAAGCAAAAGAACAUUCGAUCCAUGCCAGUAGGAAACGAGCGAUUAGCUGCUCUUCGAGAUUUAGGCGUUACUUUUGAUGAAGGACAUCAUAAAACAACCAAAAUUGCAACACCUUCUGGCACUCCAAAGUUACCCACAUUUGUAGAUGCUAGUCAGAUUGAGUAUUUACUUGAGCAAAAGAAAGCCUCACAUCCAAGUCCUUUUUCCGCUUCAAUGACUACCAAUCGAGAAGAAUUUGGUGGCAUGAUGUUCCGUGAAUGGCGUUGA